AUGCGAACCUCCCGAAUCUCCCAGGAGACGACAAGAAUUUUCAAUGCCCUAUCUCCCAACGCACGCCCGGGACGGACAACCAGGAGCGCGAAGCGCAUCGCGUCUUUCGCUCUGGGACACAACGGAGAAGUCGAGGUGCACGAGAAGGAAGAGACGGACGACAAUGACGAUGACGAUGACAGUGACCAUGUCGCACACUCCUCGGCCUCUCAGACCCCGGACAUUGAAGACGCCCUGGGCCCGCCCGCGCGCUCUCGCUCGAGUAGAAAGAGAAAGUUUGGUGCAGGGCCAGUCACGACUAAGAUCAAGAAAGAAAAAUCUCAUGACAAGGACGGGACAACAUCCGCUGGCACCACCGUCACAACUAAAAGCGAGGAGCAGGAGACGGCAACGGCAACAGUGAGAUGGGACUCGUCGCGGAGGGUCAAGAACGAAGAAGACGAGAACGACGACGACGACGACGACGACGAUGAUUAUGAUGACAACGAGGAGGAGGAAGACGUUGCGUUGCCAGACCAUUCGAGGUCUCGGGCAAGGGCGAAAGUGCCAUCGAAGGCCAGAACCAGAGCCAGAGCGAAGCCCAAAGUUCCGGCGCGCAAAACUACCUCGCCGUCUGGGACGAUUCGGAUCCAACCUCCGUCGAACUGGUCGGAGAUGUAUGACACGAUCAAGGCCAUGAGGCAGCGCAAUCCCACGGCGCCGGUCGAUACGAUGGGCUGCGAAGACCUGUUCUGGCCUGCAGCCCCGCCGCGCGAGAAGCGGUACCACACGCUGACGGCGCUGAUGUUGUCGUCGCAGACCAAAGAUACGGUCACGGCGGCCGCCAUGUAUCGACUGCACACGGAACUCGCGCCCACCGCGGACGAGGAAGGCAACGUCGCACAGUCGAAAGCGAACGGGGAAUCUCAAGUCCAGCAGUCGACGCUGACCGUGGACAACAUAAUCGCGUGCGACCCGAAACACCUGGACAGUUUGAUCGGCAAGGUCGGGUUCCACAACAACAAGACGAAGUACAUCAAGCAGGUCGCGACCAUCCUGAAGGCGCAGUACAACUCCGACAUCCCCGGCACGGUGGAAGGGCUGGUCAGCCUACCUGGCGUGGGGCCGAAGAUGGCGUACCUGUGUAUGUCUGCGGCGUGGGGCCGGGAUGAAGGGAUCGGUGUCGACGUGCAUGUGCAUCGUAUCACGAAUCUCUGGGGCUGGCAUAAGACCAAGACGCCCGAGGAAACCAGAGCGUGCCUCCAAAGCUGGCUGCCUCGUGACAAAUGGCACGAGAUCAACAAGAUGCUGGUCGGCUUGGGCCAGACCGUGUGCUUGCCUGUAGGGAGGAGGUGCGGAGAAUGCGACCUCGCCGGCACCGGGCUGUGUAAAGCCGAGAUCAGGGGUUGGAAAGCCACGCAGAAGAAGGUCAAGAGGGAAAAGGUCGAAGUGCAGAUCGACCAAGGCGCCGUGGAAAACUUCAAGGAAGAAGGGGAAGUGCAGACCGGUCAAGCGGUCGUGAAAACAGAACAAGAGGAAGUGGUGACGACGAAGAUUAAGGAAGAAGUGGUUGAGCCGUGA